AACGGCACACCGGCGAAACCCUAACGCUAGCCCCCGAAGUUAUAUCGACCUUCCAAAGAGCUCUUGGCUCAAAUUUUCUCUCUCGGGCGCGGCGGCUUCUCUUCCUCGCGGGGCCUCCAAUCCAGAAACCCUAGUAGAACUACUCACUGCGAGAUAUGGCGCCGAAGAAGGACAAGGCCCCGCCGCCGUCCUCAAAGCCCGCCAAGUCCGGUGGAGGAAAGCAGAAGAAGAAGAAAUGGAGCAAGGGAAAGCAGAAGGAGAAGGUGAACAACGCGGUUCUCUUCGAUCAGGCAAGCUAUGAUAAGAUGCUCUCCGAGGUUCCCAAGUACAAGCAGAUCACUCCCUCGGUGUUGUCCGAGAGAUUAAGGAUCAAUGGAUCACUAGCCAGAAGGGCUAUCAAGGAUUUAAUGGCCAGGGGUUCCAUCAGGAUGGUAUCAGCACAUGCCAGUCAGCAGAUCUACACAAGGGCAACCAAUACCUAAUAGGGUUCUAUCCUAGAUUAGUUACCUAGGAUGAGUACUUUCUGGUUUCCUUGGGUGGGUCUCUGGUUUCUUUUUCCUGGUGCAGAGUGAUUUAAUUUCGUGAUGCUUGUGUUAAGAGCAAAAAGAUUCUUCUUUAUUGAGUUAAAUUUUGUUCUAAGCUACUCUGACUAUGAUGCCUUUGGUAGUCAAACAUUUUCCUUUUCAGAUUUAAAGGCUGCAUGAAUUUACAA